AAUCAAGCCGCUGCCUCCUCCAGCGCUGCUGCCCCUCCGGCCCAGACAGCACCCGACCCGGCCGCAGCCCAAAGCAACCUGACGGCGGAGGAGGUGCUUUUUCAGCUGACCGUCCUGUCCGACGAUGACCUCUACAAAUGCAUCGCCGACCUGCCCGUCAGCCACACCGCCCGCCUCUACGGAAUCACUGCCGAGGUGGUCAUAGACACGCUCUAUGGCAUCACUAACCUGGCCCAGCUUGACAUCGAGCUCCCGGUCUCCCAAAUGGCCGACGGCGCCGCUCCGCCUCCGCCUGGACGAUACCCCGACAGCUCGGUGGGGAGGCUUGAUCCGAUCCCUUCCGGCCCGCGGUUCCCCGACCGUGCCGCAGCCGAUGCCUUGCAAGCCUCCCUGACCGACCCCCCGCCCUUUGCGAGACCCCGCCCUCCGGCCCUGACCGACACCGCUCACAUUCCGCUUGGCACCCCGCUGGUGCACACA